UUUGCCGUCAGAUGUGGUAAUGAGAAUGUGAUUCAGACAAAAAGAAUGAAAGCAUCAAUGCGGAGGCAGAGAAAUAUGAUAGCAGCUGUUCUCCUGCUGUGUGCUGUCGGGACUCUCUGCUCUGAUGCGGUGUCCGCACAGAACCAGACCUGUGUUCCCAGUCAGGAGGUGGUAUGUUUUGUGGCAGCUCAUUAUCUGAAUGCAUCUGAUCAGUACGUAAGCAUAGAUGUGCGUUUUGGUAAGAAACUCAUCAUCUCAAUGGAGGGUUUCAGCGCAGAUGAUGUCUGUCACUGGAUCAGAGGAAAAGACUCAGCAAUGACAGGGACUAGCAGUGACCCGAUGGUCAUACCAGUGCUUUCUGAGUCUGAUUCUGGAGAAUGUACAUUGAGAUGUGAAACGAGCAACGGGACCAGGUCCUCAGUGACUGUGUUUGUUCAUGUCCCAAAUGAGCGUCCCGCUAAACCACAGCUGACGCUGACAGAUGUAAACAGGCCUUAUAGGUCCCCCAAUUUCAAAUGCACCUCUAAGGGCUUCCCAAAGCCCAUAAUUAAAUGGACAGGAAACAAAGAUGGGGGCACAAUAUCAAGUUCCAGAUAUCCUGAUAGAGGAGUGAUGUGCUGCGCUACUAAUGCUGAAGGACAAGAAUGCUCCCAGCUGUAUGACUAUGAUCUAGAGAGUGAGUCAGUGGCAAAGGAUGAGGUUUCUAAUGUGACUGUGAAACCUGGUCAGCCUUUACUGCUUCGCUCCCGAAUCACAGUCUCCAAACUGUCUCCGUCACCUGUGUGGGAGAAAGACGGCAAAACAUUGGCUGCCACCUCACUAGUGUGCUCUUCUAAACCUGAGGAGAGGAUCUGCAUUAAAAAUGACUCACAUGACCAAAGUUGGAUGGCCUACCUGUUCAUCAAAUCAGUUAGUGUGGAGGACAGUGGAACAUAUACCUGCAGGAGUCCAAAAAACAAAACUAAGUCUGUCUACAUUCAGGUCCAGGCCGAAGGUUUCCUCUCUGUCCAGUUGGAUAAGAGCAAGAUUUUACCAGCUCAGGAUGCACCCACAUCCUGUUUGCAGGCCAGUGUUUCCUACCAUCCUGUGCUACAGCACUGUUACUGGGAGACUCCUGAUGGAAAUAAUACUAAAUGCAUAAGGGAGGAGUGGGUAACAAAACACAGGACUGUGAAGCUAUGUGUUCCACUCAAAUCAGGAGAUUACAAGUUACAUUUGGAGGCUGGAGGACGAAAAGAAACAAAAACUAUAUCAGUGUGUGUUGCUGACACACCAAAGUUCUUUUUCAUGGGUAACCCAUUUAAUGAUACCCUCACCUUUGAGGCUGUGAGUCCUGUACCAGCAAAUUAUACCUGGAUGUCUUGUUCUUUACCCAAUGACAGCUGUGAAACAGAUUCUUCCUGGAAAGAGAUCCCAGACACCUUUCAAACAGACACAGAUGUCUCCUGCAACAAAACAAUCAAGAGUUUACUGAGAGGAAACCAAGUGGAGGGACACCAUUUAAAGUUUUGCCUUGCAAACUCACUAGGCUCCUGGUGUCACCAAGUAUACCACCAAGCUUCAUACGAGUUCUCCAGAGGUCUUCCAAAUACUGACAACAACAUCCCCAUGCUGCUGAAAGUAGGCUGUUUUGUCUUGAUUCUGGCUUUGGCAGUAGUCAGUCUGGUGCUCGUGCACUUUGUCAAAAAGAAGAAACCCCAGUAUCAGCCCCAGCUUCAGAUGAUCCAGAUGGUUGGACCCAAUGACAAUGAUUACAUCUACAUCAACUUCAAGGACUUUGAAUACGACCGGAAAUGGGAGUUUCCCAGGGAGAACCUGGAACUGGGUACAGAACUUGGCUCUGGGGCUUUUGGCAUGGUGGUUCAAGCUACAGCCUAUGGCAUCAACAAGCCUGGAGUCUCCCAGCAGGUGGCUGUCAAAAUGCUUAAAGAGAAGCACCAGACGAUGGAGAAGGAGGCGCUGAUGUCAGAGCUCAAGAUGCUGACUCACAUCGGUCACCACACCAACAUUGUUAACCUGCUUGGUGCAUGCACAGACACAGGACCUAUAUACCUGAUUUUCCAGUACUGCUGUUAUGGAGACAUGCUGAACUACCUAAAAAACAACAGUGAGCGCUACCACAAGUCUGUGACCGAUGCUUUCAGCAAGGACCGUUUCAGCAGCAUUUACCACAACCUGCAGCCUCUGAAAAGCUCCAGUGAGCCAAAAACCAUAGUGGACGAUUAUGUGCCCAUGCAUUGCGCUACCACCAUGGGGCAGGAGGACAUCGCCCUCCUCACCCUCAGCUCCAUAGAUAUGGACAACUAUGAAGAGAUCUAUGACAACCUAGAUGAUCAGACUGAGGACCUGCAAGCCCUGACCUUUGAUGACCUGCUGAGUUUUGCUUUCCAAGUGGCCAAGGGCAUGGAGUUCCUCUCCUCCAAGAAUUGCAUCCACCGAGACCUUGCAGCUCGAAACGUGUUGGUGACAAAGGGCAGACUGGUGAAAAUCGGUGACUUUGGGCUGGCCCGGGACAUCGACAACGACAGCAACUACGUUGUGAGAGGAAAUGUGCGUUUACCAGUAAAGUGGAUGGCACCGGAGAGCAUCUUUCAGGGGAUGUACACCAUGAAGAGUGACGUCUGGGCUUACGGCAUUCUGCUCUGGGAGAUCUUCUCACUUGGUGUCACUCCCUAUCCCGGAGUGAAGGUGGAUCAUGCAUUCUAUUCAAUGAUUGAGAGAGGAUUUAAGAUGGAGUGUCCAUACUACGCCAACGAGUCUGUGUAUGGGAUGAUGUGUAAGUGUUGGGCUCUGGAUCCCUGCAAUCGCCCUUCUUUCUCCAAACUGGUGUCCUUCAUGUGUGAACAGCUGGCAGACAGAGAGGAGAAGCUCUACCACAACAUGCUUGACCAGACCUCCAGCGACUACCAAAAUGCAGCAGCCAUUUUGGACAGUUCUGCCUUGACAAAACAGGACGAGAACAAGACGCAGUCAGGCAACGACUACUGUCAAGCCCAUGCAACUGAAGAAAGCAAAGCAGAAAUGUGUGACUCGGAUACUGUGGCGGCUGAUGAGAAACUUCUGAAGCCAGCUGAUCCAGAGUGAUCACCUAUCACUGAAAGCAUUGUUGAUGUGCAAACCAUUUUAUCUGUAAAUGAAACAUUUAUGCAGCAUUAGGAUUUACAGGAGAAUGUGCUUGUUUUAUUUUAUUUUUUUAAAUGCAGGCAUUUAACAUAAUAAAACAUGUAGCAUGUAUUUAAUAUACUUAAUGUGAUGUUAUAAGUAAUAUAACAUGAUUUUUCAUUAUGCAUUAAUCUCCAAUUUCAGCAAAAUACUAUGAUCAUGUGGCCUGGAUGUAAAUACAAUAUUUUUGUAUUCUGUCAUUUUUCAUUGUGCCACUGAAAAUGAAAAACGGGUUUCAUAGAAGGAGCCCAAAUAUUCUCAGGACUAUUGUAAAGACAUAAGCUGUGAGCUGUGAGUUGUUUAUCUGCAUUAGGUUUAUUCACUGGUGCAACUGGCCAUUUUUUGGUUUUAGAUUGUAUCAUAUAUUACAUUGGUACCAUGUGGCAAUAUAAGCAUUUCCCUUAAAAUAUUGUGUAUCAUCAGCAGUUCAGAGCGGUUUAAACACAGUUUUGGUACUUUAUGUUUUUUUAACCAAGCUUUCUAUAUUUUUCUGUAUUCUUUAACAGUGUAAUGAGAAGUUUAAGCAUUAUAUACCUGAAAUAAAAUAUACUUUUAUUAAAUAAAACACUGGUGGACCCUAUA